AGUUGGGUUGGUUAGUUGUUUACGGUGGCCGGUGAUCGCAGGCCCAAAGGCAGAACUACAAAAUAAUCUCUGGAUAAAACCCACUCUUAAAAAUGGCAGACCCUCUAGAUGAUCAAAGAAAUCAAAAUAUAGUACAAGAGUAUUACGAUUUUCUGGACGAUCAGGAUGAUCAAGGAACUUACAUGGAAUUAGUUAAGGAUAUGAUCGAUGAAAAAAAGCACCGACUAAUCGUCAAUAUCAACCACUUGAGAAAAAAGUUUCCCAACAGAGCAGCAAGUUUGCUGACAAACGUCUUCGAGGAACAGGCUGCAUUUCAAAAUGCAUUAAAGCAAUAUGUAGCAACUUUCGAUCCAGUGUACAGUAAAAGUAAUACGGAGCUUUUUAUUGCCUUCGAGGGAAGUUUUGGUACCAAGCAUGUCACCCCUCGCACAUUGACUUCCCGGUUUCUUGGUAAUCUUAUUUGUCUGGAGGGCAUUGUUACAAAAUGUUCGUCAGUCAGACCCAAAGUUGUUAGGAGCGUCCAUUACUGCCCAGCCACAAAGACUGCCAUUGAAAGGACGUACACGGAUCUGACUUCUAUGGAUGCAUUUCCUACUCCUAGUGUCUAUCCCACAAAGGAUGAUGAUGGAAACGCGCUUGAAACUGAAUUCGGCUUGUCCACCUAUAAAGAUCAUCAGACUUUAUCGAUCCAAGAGAUGCCCGAGAAAGCACCGGCAGGGCAGCUGCCAAGGAGUGUCGAUGUAAUCUGUGACAAUGAUUUGGUAGACUUAUGCAAGCCUGGAGAUAGAGUGCAAGUUGUUGGAAACUAUAGGUGCCUUCCCAACAAACAAGCGGGAUUCACCAGUGGAUCAUUCAGAACUAUCCUUAUCGCGAACAACAUCUCCCAGAUAAACAAGGAUGCCGAUCUUGAAAUAUCUAGAGAUGAUGUUGCCAUGUGCAAAAAAAUAGCCAAGAAAAGCAGCGUCAGUGACAUAUUUAAUCUAUUGAGUAAAUCACUGGCACCGUCGAUACACGGACAUAAAUAUGUAAAAAGAGCCAUCUUGUGUCUCUUACUUGGUGGGGUUGAAAAAAUCCUACCCAAUGGAACAAGACUCAGAGGGGAUAUAAACAUUCUGCUCAUCGGGGAUCCAUCGGUGGCUAAGUCCCAACUCUUGCGAUAUGUGUUAUGUACGGCUCCACGUGCGAUACCGACGACUGGUAGAGGUUCUUCGGGCGUUGGUCUUACAGCAGCUGUCACCACGGACCAAGAGACAGGAGAAAGAAGGCUGGAGGCUGGCGCUAUGGUGUUGGCUGAUCGUGGUGUAGUUUGCAUCGAUGAAUUUGACAAAAUGUCCGAUAUGGACAGAACAGCUAUUCACGAAGUCAUGGAACAGGGAAGAGUGACCAUUGCCAAGGCCGGAAUUCACGCCAGUUUGAAUGCUCGAUGUUCCGUACUCGCAGCUGCUAAUCCUGUGUAUGGAAGAUAUAAUCAGUACAAAUCACCGAUGGAAAAUAUUGGACUUCAAGACUCGCUUCUUUCUCGUUUUGAUUUGCUUUUUGUGAUGCUGGAUACAAUUGAUUCGAGUCACGAUCAAAUGAUCAGUGAUCACGUGGUAAGAAUACACAUGUACAGGAGCGCUAAUGAAAAGGAUGGACAGGCUGUAAAUAUGAGGAGCAACGUAGAUAUGCUCACUACCCAAAAUCCAGAUGUCGUAGACGACGAAGAAGCAGAAACUCUAAUUUACGAAAAAUAUGACCCUCUUUUGCACGGUUCGUCUCGCGCCAAAAGCGAUCAGAUACUCAGCGCCAAAUUCAUGAGGAAAUAUAUUCAUAUAGCAAAAUGUAUGAAGCCCAAGCUGACUGAGCAAGCGAGCGAAGUUAUUGCCGAUGAGUAUUCUCGUCUGCGGUCCGAAGAUGCGGUGAAGUCUGAUGUGGCAAGGACGCAACCCAUAACAGCCCGAGCUCUAGAAACUCUUAUACGUAUUUCAACCGCGCAUGCAAAAGCAAGGCUUUCUAGAACUGUCGACGUGGAUGAUGCCUACGCGGCAAUAGAACUUGUGCAGUUUGCCUACUUCAAAAGGGUUAUAGAGAAAGAGAAAAAAAGGCGAAGACACGCUAGUGAAAAUAGUGAUCAGAGCGCAGACGAAGAUGGCAAAAGUAGGAAGCGCAUCAGGAAGACAAAAAAACAACCUGGAGACGAAGGCUAUGACCAGUACGAGUUUGACAGCGAUGACGAUUCUCAUGUGGACGAAGCUAUUCGCAGGACAACACGUUCUCAAGUGCCAGCAGUCGCAACAGCAGCAUCACGUACGACAAUGACAUCUCAUGCAGAACCUAUGUCAGUCGAAGAAGAAGACGCGACAAUUAUUGAUGAGGAUAGGUUGAAGAUCUUCAGAAGCUCUCUGCUACAACUGUUUCGCGAAGAGCGCAAUCAGCCAGUUUCUCUUUCUAGGGUACACGAGUACGUGAACAGCCAAACAUCUCCUGAUUUCACAAAAGGUGAAGUUUCUGCAGCCGUUUCAAAGAUGACAGAUGCUAACCAAAUCAUGCUGGCUGAUGGAAUCGUGUUCCUUAUUUGAACGAACGCAGUUGCGUUGUUCCUCUCAGAAUCGGCCUCCAAUACAUCAGACUUUACCCAGUGUGAAAAUAUUUCAUGUCACUUUCUAUGCUCAUAAUACGAUUAUGUAAAUUUUUUUACUUUAGCUAUUCAAAUAUUCCAAUAAACUCACUUUUUAUAUA